AUGCCGAGCUGGACGGGGUCAAACACCACGGACAGCCUAGAGCUGCUCUCCAUCCCCGAGCACUCCAUUGGCCAGGAGGUGGUGGGCCUCUUCUGCAUGAUCCUGCUCACCCUCACCGCCCUGGUGGCCAACAUCGUGGUGAUGGUCACCAUCCUCAAAACACCCCUUUUCAGGAAGUUCAUCUUUGUGUGCCACCUUUGUGUGGUCAAUCUCCUCUCAGCCAUUUUCCUCAUGCCCCUGGGGAUCAUCUCCAGCUCCUCCUGUUUCAACUGGGUUAUCUACAGCAUUGCUGAGUGCAAGGCCGUGAUAUUCCUGAACAUCUGCUUCAUCAGUGCCUCCAUUCUCACCAUCUGUAUCAUCAGCGUGGAGCGGUACUACUACAUCGUGCACCCCUUGAGGUAUGAGGUCAAGAUGACCAUCAGGCUGGCGGUGGCUGGAGUGGUUUUCAUUUGGCUCAAGUCUGUUCUCAUCACUGUCUUGGCACUAGUGGCAUGGCCUCAUGGCAACGGGGCCACCAGUGCCAGCCGCUGCACAGUCUACUGGAGCCCCGGGGCCCACAAGAAGGUUUUCGUGAUCCUCUUCAGCAUCACCUGCUUUAUUCUGCCCACCAUCAUUAUCCUCGCCGUCUACUCCAGCAUCUACCGCGUGGCCCGGACUGCGUCCCUGCAGCAGGCACCCGUGCCAGCACAGGCAGUUGCACGCAGACACCGCUGUGACUCCAUCGCCAGCCAAGUGACCAUCCUCACUGCCAGGAUCCUGAUGCUGCCCAGGCUGAUCCCAGAUCGCCUUCUAGGAAGCAACAAGGCCAUCCUCACCUUGGUCCUCAUUGUGGGACAAUUCUUGUGCUGCUGGCUGCCUUUCUUUGCUUUCCACUUGCACUCCUCUGUCACUGCUGGCACUGUGGGUGGUGGGCACGGGGAGAUGGCGGUCACCUGGAUUGCCUACUCCUCCUUUGCUGUUAACCCUUUCUUCUAUGGGUUGCUGAACCGCCAAAUCCGUGAGGAGCUGGCCCGGCUCCGGCGCAGCUGUCUUAACCAUCCACUUGGUCAGGAGCUCUGUCUUUCCAUCUCAGAGGCUUCUGUUCAGGAAAACUUCUUGCAGUUCCUCCAGAGAGCAACUUGCACACUGGAGACCCACACCAGCUGCAUCAGCCCCAGCCCCAGGAACAGGCUGGACCAGACCACAACCGGCUUCCCCACCCCAGGCCAAGUUCCUGAAGAGGGCAGCUGAGAAGGAGUCUCUGUCCCACUGUGCUGGGCAGGAGACCUGCCAGGGACCCAUCAGACCUGCUCGGACCCAAUCUCUUGGAUUUGGAGUAGUCCUUGUGCAGGCUGGAAUUGUCUCUGGCUCCACCAGCACAGCCCAGUUCCAGGGAAGGGCUCUCCUCAAGCCAUGGAGUGCCACGGGGCUCCUGCACAGGGGCAGGGGACGGGACACCUCCAUCUCCAUUGCCUGGGUGGGAGCACUCCCGGCCAGCGGGAAAGGGCCGAUGUCCCUUGCACUCUAUCCAGGGACACUGUUCCAGCUAAUGCCACUAACACCAGUAACACCAGGGCCCCGAGCCCCUGCUGAGCCUGGAUGGCAGACACGGAGACUUCCAGCCUUGGCUGUUUAACCCAAAACUAAUGUCUGUGCAGAGGAGCUCCUGCUCCCUGUCACACUGAUCAGGGGGACACGCCCACAGGCUGGCUCUGGCUGUGUCACUGUUUGUGCUGCUGGCAAUGCAAUGCCGUGGCCACGCCUGGCCAUGCCCUCUGUCCCUCUCAGCUGGCAGUGAUCAGCCCCCUGGGGGGAACUGGCUGUCUGGGGGUCCGAGCCGGGCUGUUUAUGGACACAGCUGCCCAGUUUGAAGCCUGGUCAGCAGUGCCACGUGCCAGCCGACCUGGGCUGCGAGCCAAGGGCACGCUGGGUUGGACAUGGUGACACAGGGUGGUGGGGGGUGGCUGCGUGGGCUGCCCCAGGGCAGCAACAGCCAGAGGGGAUCAGGACCUGCUGCUCCUCUUCAGUCUCAUUGCUUUUAAAGGGCUUGGGGACACUUUCAUAGGGUUCCCACUGCUUGAAAGGGGACUGGACCCUUUUGGGGAAUGCUGCAGGGGUACAUCACCCUCACCCUCUACCCUCUGACAGGACAAAGGUCCCAGGGAUGGUGUUUGCAUGGUGGGUUGGCGAUGUCCUACUCCAGUAGUAAGUGAAGGCCUGAGGAAAAACUGCCCUAUGGCCUCUCUAACUGCCCGGUGGCAGGGAGGGGCUCCAGGAAGACCCCCAGAGAGAUGGGGCUGAAGGCCAGCAUCCCCCUAGACACAGGAAUGCCCUUGCAGCCA